GCACGUGAACGUGACAUUUUGAGAUUUAGUUUUGUAAACUUUUAUUAAAUCAAGACAAAUCUAUUUUAAUUAUAAUAAGUAUCACUAAACGAUUAUUAUGUCAUCGUGGAGAAAAGCCGCUAAGGCUAAUCAAAAGACUCAUAAAGAGAGACAUCAACCUGAGUCUCGAAAACAUCUUGGAUUGCUUGAAAAAAAGAAAGAUUACAAAAAACGCGCUGAUGAUUAUCAUGAAAAGGGAAAAACGCUUAAACUUUUACGUAAAAGAACAUUGGACAGAAAUCCUGAUGAGUUUUAUUUUCAUAUGAUCAAUUCUAGAGUGAAAGAUGGGGAACAUCAUGAAGUGGAGAAAGAAGAUGAACACACAGUGGAGCAAAUAAAACUGAUGCAAACACAGGAUCUUAAAUAUAUUAACAUGAAACGCACUAUUGAGAGUAGGCGGAUACAAAGAUUGCAGUCUCAACUCCAUAUGACAGAUGUGGCAGACUCCACACCAAACACACACAUUUUCUUUGUGGAUGAAGGUGAAGAGAAGAAUUUCGAUUUAGCUAAAAGAUUGGAUACACAUCCCUCACUUAUCAAUAGGAAGUCUAACAGACCAAGGUUGUCUGAUCUCGACAAGUUAACUCUACCUGAGGUUAAUGAAGAGAUAAUUAAGUCUACAAAGAAAAUUAAAGAGAAGACAUACAAGGAACUAUCACAAAGGAUCGAGCGUGAAAAACAUCUCACCGUCAUCCAACAGAAAAUGGAACUCAAAAGACAUUUACAGGAUGCAAAAAUAUUAAAACCGAAAAGAAUACAAAGUGGCACCAAAGUUUCGGCCCCCGUUUACAAGUUCCAGUAUGUGAGGAAGAAAUGAAAGUCUAUUUAAGUAAAUUUUUUUAUUUCAUAAUAAAUAGUUUAUUGUAUUUUUUUUAUCUUAUAAUAAAUUCACUUUUUAAAUUAA